CUCGCUCGGCGAGUUGGAUACAGUACAUGAAACGAGAUGGAGGUGCUGGAAGUACUGUGAGAAUUUUCUGCCUCUUUUUGUUUGAGUUGUUGCCUUUUUGCCAGUGCAGAACCCAGUGGUAUCCUUCGACAGAUGGGAUGAAGGAUGGUACAUGGCGACAUUUUAAAAACUAGAUCAGUAUGAAAGCAAGCAUUAAUCGGUUCGUCGCUUUGUUGUAGCCCUGUGGUUACUUUUAAGUCACUUUCGACUUAAAACAAUCGUGGCCGGCGAAACACAAUUAUUUUAGUGAAAUGCUCAGAUACCUGACGCAUAAACUAAAAACACAAUCAUUGAAUGAAGCCGAUUCGUAUCCGUCAAAGAAUGAUGAUGACCACGAUUCUGGAACAGAAUCGGAUGAUGAGGGAGCAGACGCAGAAGAGCUGGAGAAAUACAUGGACGACUCCCUACACUGCGACGGCAGUUCCGCACCAUCUGAUCGUGCGAGUAGCACCUUGGACACCAUCACGGACACGACGACGGAGGGCGGCGGGGGUGCGGGCUGCAGCCCCAACCUGCUGGACUCUGCGUUGCCCAGCGACAGCGACCACACUUUUGACCACCACAGCUCCGAAGAGGAGCUGGAAGUUAUUAACUCCGGCACAAUCGCCAAGUACCCGGAAAAAAGGAAGUGGUCUCAGGCCAAUACCAGACUGAGUCUCGGUUCCGGGUCUUCGGACGAAGAGGUUCGAGACCUUAUGUGCGUGUCUGCCCCCGUGGAGUUUCGGUCCUCGCCCCCCGCGAACGUCCCCAAGCCCAGCAGGUCGCUGUCGCCACCCCCGAAGCUGUUCCACGCCUCCACGACCAUCCCACCCCACGAGCUGUGCUCUGUGUCGCCCAGGAAGAGACAUCGACGCACACUCCUCACCACAACGGCCACCGCCACCAGUACAAAUCUCGUUGAGCAUCGACCGUCUUUGGACUUCGAAAAAAUGCAGCAGAACCGAAGGAAGAGGUCUUCCCAAGCCUAUGUCACUCGUGGAAAAUCGUACAUCUUAUACGAGAAUAUUUAGAAAGUGUUUAUCCACAAGUAAUUUUUACGGACUAUGCGUUGAAGAAUUAUUUCUGGAAUAAACUAAACGAAGAGUGAUAAUGUAGAAGAUUUCAUCUCUACCCUGUAAAUUUAUAACCUUAGCUAUGCCAUUUGACUGAAGCCUCAGAAGACGGUUAUAUGUAUUCAUAGUGUAUUUAUUGAUAAACUUGUGAAAACAACAUGUAUAUUAUAGGAUAUUAAAAUAAUUGACGUUCUAGUUUUCGGUAUCGCUUCUCUUGAUCACUUGUAUACCACAAUCUCAUUACAUGGAUAUUAUAUGUUUGUUGAAAAUUAAAGUUAUUUCUUACUUAAAA